CCUAAAGCCACAGAAAACAAUCCUGUGAGACCCGAGCUAGAUACACACCUGCAGACAGAAUGUCAGAGAAAACACUAGAAAUGGGACAUGCGCCACAGGCAGACUUUCACAUUUUCCAGGAGCCUCACUGAAAAGCGAAAAAGUGAAAGGAAACCGGCGAAGUUGCCUAUAGUAUUUAUCCCCCAAACACCAAAUACCACUUCAACGCCUAACGGACAUAGAAAAUAUCACGGGCGUGUUUUGCUUUUUGUGUUGUUAAACACAGUUCGCCUCCAAGACUUGUAUUUGACACCUGCGGCACACCACAAUUUGCACGAGGUCCAAGUGCACACUGGCCACACAUGGCCAGCGGCUGUGGCACGGGACAGCUCGGCUCUGGAGGGAUUACAGACCCCGCCGGGCGACCCAAACACGCAGGAUCACCAGCAGUCCUGAGCGUGUCAACUCGGAAGCAUGGAGCUCCCCGCCCGCCGCGCCCGAGGGACUCGGAGCCCCGCCGCCCGCGUUCGCCGCUCUCCCGGGACUCGGCCUCCCUGCCGCCCGCGUUCGCCGCUCCCCCGGGACUCGGCCUCCCCGCCGCCCGCGACCGCCCUUCGGAGGACCCACCUGCGGUGUUACGUCCCACCGGCUGGGAGGCGCUCGCGCCUGCCCCGCACCCAGCGUCUGCCGCCCGGUCCCCUCCGCCGCUCAGGAAGAACAGCGCGCACGGCCCGCCCCCGCCGCCCCCGCUCAGCCAGGUCCACUUCCGCUACCGGCCUAGGCCUCCCCGGAAGCGGAGCCGAAGGGGGCGAGGUCUAGAGCUGCGGGUGGGGCGAUCCCCGCCGCCGCGCUCCAUGUUGCCUGGCAACCGGGAACGGGCGUGACUCCGUUGGCCGGGACCAGUGGCUCAAGGACUACGGGCGGAGCUGGCGCAGUGCCGGGAGCGCGGAGCGGGCCCUCGAGACAGAACAACCCCAGGAGGAGAAGCGCGGGCCGUGCGCGCAGGCGUGCGGCGCGGCCUGGGGGCGGGGCCGGUGCGGCCAG